AUGGCGCCCGCAAGCAGUACGGACUCUGACUCGGUCGGUGAAGUCGAGCAGGAGAUGGCCAAGGUCACCUCGCUCGCUCAACUGACUGAGAAGUGGGACGAUACUAUUCGAUUCUAUCUGAACGGCACGAAAGUCGCCGUCGACACGCUUAACCCGGAGCUCACAUUGUUGGAAUACUUGAGAGGUAUUGGGUUGACUGGAACCAAGCUUGGAUGUGCUGAAGGAGGUUGUGGUGCUUGUACAGUGGUCGUUUCACACCUUAACCAAACAACGAAGAAAAUCUACCAUGCCUCCGUCAACGCCUGCAUUGCUCCUCUCGUUUCCAUCGACGGAAAACAUGUCAUCACAGUCGAAGGACUUGGUGAUGUGAAGAAGCCCCACGCGAUCCAACAACGGAUUGCGGUCGGCAACGGUAGUCAGUGUGGCUUCUGCACGCCUGGAAUUGUCAUGAGUCUAUAUGCAUUGCUACGAAAUGACCCCACUCCCUCAGAACAUGCUGUCGAAGAAGCGUUCGAUGGCAACUUGUGUCGUUGCACAGGAUACCGACCCAUCCUGGACGCCGCCCAAAGCUUCAACUCACGCAACAACUGUGGUAUGGCCAAAGCCAAUGGAGGAUCUGGCUGCUGCAUGGAGAAGAAGGAUGGUGGUUGCUGCAAGGGUUCUCCUGCCACCGAAGAGACCGAGGUCGUAGAGCCCAUCUUCCCAGCGCCCGAGUUCAAGAAAUACAGUCCCGAUACAGAACUGAUCUUCCCCGCCGCCCUACGAAAGCAUGACUUCCAGCCCCUCGUCUUCGGCAACAAGAGGAAGAAGUGGUAUCGACCUGUGACUGUGGAGCAGCUGUUGCAGAUCAAACAUAUCCACCCCGAGGCGAAGUUGAUCGGCGGAAGCACAGAGACCCAGAUUGAAAUCAAGUUCAAGGCUAUGCGCUAUUCCGCGUCCGUCUACGUGGGCGAUAUUCCCGAGCUGCGACAAUUCACCUUCCAUGAUGACUGCCUCGAAAUUGGUGCCAACGUAUCGUUGACUGAUUUGGAGCAUAUCUGUGAACAAGCCGUGGAACGCUACGGACCUAAUCGCAGCCAGCCUUUCAAGGCGAUCAAGAAACAGCUUGCGUACUUUGCUGGACGUCAAAUUCGAAAUGUUGCGUCGCCGGCUGGUAACUUGGCUACUGCCUCUCCAAUUUCUGAUUUGAAUCCUGUGCUCGUGGCCACAAACACUAUCCUGGUCGCCAAGUCUUUCGGGGGAGAGAAAGAAAUUCCCAUGACUGAGUUCUUCCAGGGCUACCGUAAGACAGCUUUGGCGCCCGACGCUAUCAUUGCCAGCCUGCGGAUCCCAGUUGCGCAGGAGAAUGGAGAGCACAUUCGCGCCUACAAGCAGGCUAAGCGAAAGGACGAUGAUAUUGCUAUUGUCAACUCAGCGCUUCGUGUUUCGUUGUCUGAUACGAACGAGGUUACCAGCUGUAACCUUGUUUUCGGCGGCAUGGCUGCCAUGACGGUCUCAGCGAAGAACGCUCAGGAUGCGCUGAUCGGCAAGAAAUUCACAAAUCCCGAAACUUUGGAAGGAGUCAUGUCUGCUCUGGAGAAGGACUUCAGUCUGCCCUAUGGUGUGCCCGGUGGAAUGGCCACUUAUCGGAAGUCCUUGGCAAUGGGCUUCUUCUAUCGAUUCUAUCACGAUGUUCUCUCGGGCCUCGAGGUCAAGGCCGCUGAUCUAGAUGCCGACGUUGUCGCUGAGAUUGAACGAGCCAUUUCUACUGGUUCAAAGGACCACGAGGCUUCUGUCGCUUACCAGCAGAAGAUCCUAGGCAAGGCUACUCCUCACGUUGCUGCGCUCAAGCAAUCCACUGGUCAAGCCCAAUAUACCGACGAUAUUCCAGUUCAACAAAACGAGCUAUUCGCCUGCAUGGUCCUUUCAACCAAGGCACAUGCAAAGAUCCUAAGUGUCGACGCCUCCGCAGCGCUCGAGAUCCCUGGUGUUGUCGAUUAUGUGGACCACAACGAUCUACCAAACCCACAGGCCAAUUGGUGGGGAGCACCCGUCUCCGAUGAACUUUUCUUUGCCGUGGAUGAAGUCAAUACUGCUGGUCAGCCAAUUGGUGUGAUCGUGGCGCAAACUGCCAAGAUCGCCGAGGAGGGCAUGAGAGCUGUCAAGGUUGAGUAUGAGGAUCUUCCCGUUAUCUUGAGCAUGGAAGAGGCCAUUGAGGCGGAAUCGUUCUUUGGUCAUUAUCGCUUCAUCAAGAAUGGUGACACGGAAGAGGGCUUCAAGCAGGCUGACCACAUCUUUGAGGGCGUCUCUCGCAUGGGUGGUCAAGAGCACUUUUACUUGGAGACUCAAGCUUGCGUUGCCAUUCCCAAGCCUGAGGAUGGGGAGAUUGAGGUCUGGAGUGGCACACAGAACCCUACCGAAACUCAAGCAUACAUCGCCCAGGUCUGUGGAGUCGCAGCCAACAAGGUUGUCUCUCGUGUCAAGCGUCUUGGGGGUGGAUUCGGUGGCAAGGAAACGCGCUCUAUCCAGCUGGCUGGAAUUUGUGCCACUGCCGCAAAGAAGCUUAAUCGACCUGUUCGAUGCAUGCUGAACCGUGACGAAGACAUCCUGACAUCCGGUCAGCGCCACCCCUUCCUCUGCAAAUGGAAGGUUGGUGUUACCAAGGAGGGAAAGAUUCUUGCUCUCGACGCCGACGUGUUCGCCAACGGUGGCCACACCCAAGAUUUGUCGGGUGCGGUCGUCGAGCGAAGCUUGUCUCACAUCGACGGUGUCUAUAAGAUCCCCAACAUCUAUGUGCGUGGUCGAAUCUGCAAGACGAACACCGUCUCCAACACAGCCUUCCGUGGCUUUGGUGGACCUCAGGGUCUAUUCUUCGCCGAGUGCUACAUCUCCGAGAUUGCCGAUCACCUCAAUAUUUCACCCGAGCACAUGCGGGCCAUUAAUAUGUACAAGCCGGGUGAAACUACCCACUUCAACCAGGAGCUCAAGGAUUGGUAUGUGCCGUUGAUGUACAACCAAGUCCUAGAGGAGAGCAACUACAUGGAGCGCCGCAAGGCUGUCGAGGAGUAUAACAAGGAGCACAAGUGGUCUAAACGCGGCAUGGCCAUCGUCCCGACCAAGUUUGGUAUUUCAUUCACAGCUCUUUUCCUGAACCAGGCCGGUGCUCUGGUUCACAUCUAUCAUGACGGCAGUGUUCUCGUUGCCCACGGAGGUGUCGAGAUGGGUCAGGGUCUUCACACUAAGAUGACCAUGAUCGCCGCCGAAGCUCUCGGAGUGCCACAAGACAACGUCUUCAUUGCCGAAACAGCGACCAACACGGUUGCCAACACUUCUUCAACUGCAGCAUCUGCCAGCUCGGAUCUCAACGGUUACGCCAUUUUCAACGCCUGCGAGCAGCUGAAUGAGCGACUCCGCCCAUUCCGGGAGAAGAUGCCCGACGCGACUAUGAAAGAGCUCGCGCACGCAGCAUACUUCUCCCGUGUCAACCUCUCCGCACAGGGCUACUACCGGACUCCCGAUAUCGGCUACGUCUGGGGUGAGAACUCCGGCCAGAUGUUCUUCUACUUCACUCAGGGUAUCACCGCGGCCGAAGUCCAGAUCGACACUUUGACUGGAGACUGGACUCCUCUGCGCGCCGAUAUCAAGAUGGACGUUGGCCGAACGAUUAACCCAUCUAUCGACUACGGCCAGAUCGAAGGUGCCUACAUCCAGGGCCAGGGACUCUUCACGACAGAAGAGAGCCUGUGGCACCGCGCCUCGGGCCAAAUCUUCACCCGCGGUCCGGGUAACUACAAGAUCCCCGGUUUCCGCGAUAUCCCCCAGGUCUUCAACGUGAGCUUGCUGAAGGAUGUUGAAUGGGAGAAUCUGCGUACUAUCCAGCGGUCCCGUGGUAUCGGCGAGCCGCCCUUGUUCAUGGGUAGUGCCAUGUUCUUCGCUAUUCGCGAUGCGCUCAAGGCUGCUCGGAAGCAGUGGGGUGUUGAGGAGGUGCUGAGCUUGGUUAGCCCUGCUACCCCGGAGCGUAUCCGUAUCAGCUGUGCUGAUCCGAUUGUUGAGCGGGCGCGGGUGACUCCCAAGGAGGGCGAGCAGAGUUUCUUUGUUGCUAUUUAG